CAGCAGAAACAGACUGAAGACAGACAGACACAGAGAGAAGGAGACAGGCAGUCAAGCAGAGAGACAGACAGGCACGCUCAAAGCUACUGUAGAUAUUAGAGGCAGACAGGCACAGAGGCAGAGACAGACAGACAGAGGACAGUUUGCACAUACUGCAGUCCUCUUUAAUGUAAAGAGUUAUUGGUCACAGUGUGGGAUGUAAACAGACAGACUGUAAGAGAGAGACAUCAGGCAACAUGAUGUUGUCAAAAAAGGGGGAGCAGAGGACGUUCAGCAACAGCUUGCUGAGAGACCAAUGGGAGAAGAAAGCUCAGACCAUCGCAGACCAGAACAAACAGGAGGCUGAAUGGAGGGAGAAAAGUAACCACAAAAUAUCAUUCUCAAAGUGGAAUUAUCACUGGUCACUGGUUUCCGCUGGAGACUUCAAGAAGCUCACCAGCGAGGCAGAUGAAGCGUUGAAAAACAAAUCAAAAAUCAAGUUCAAAAUUGUUCCCCCUCCUCCUGUAGCCAAACCGGAGCCUGCUCCUCCUCCACCUCUUCCCAGGAGGAAAGCUUCAACCAAACCACAAAGGGCUAAACGUAAAGUGGAAGUGGAUGUUUUCAGCCUGUGCUGGAAAGACUCGUGGCAGAGCCUGAAGCCUCCAAAAUACCUCUACCUCAAGGCCAAAGAGACAAAAAAUAGAAUUCUGGGAUUCACGACCAUUGAGCUGCCUGACAACAGGAAGUACAAACCAGAGGGGUUCAGAGCAGAGGCUGAAACGGUGUCUCCUGCUGAAAAGUGGAGUUACUCCUGGAAACAGGCGAAGAGUCCCGCCCAGUUGGAGCGCACCGAGGAGAAACAGUUCCAGUGGGAGGUUUUGUUUGAAAGAAAACAGAUUUGCAAACCUGACAUACAAACAUUUACUCUUCCUGUCUGGUUUGGCACUUGGAAGAUCAUGAACUUUGCCUUCAGACAGGAGAAAAAAUACUGGGACUGUAUCUGGCCUGAUUAUGAACUAAACAUCAGCGACAAGUUGGAAGAAUUACGACAGCUAGAGGAACAGGAGGAGCCCGAAGACUGGGAGGAUUCAUGGAAACUGUCUGGGGCUGAACUUGAACCAGAAGACACCACAGACGAGGAGACGGCAACAGAAAGCCCCUACAGCACUGAAACCACAGCAGUGAUAAAUGAUGUGUUCCUGCCUGACUGGGAUAACUCCUGGCUGCUCUCUGCUGCUCCUCCACAGGAAGAGGAGGAACGCCAGAGGAACUGGCGCUCCUGCUGGGGAUACAGGCAGCAGAUCAGGUGGUGCAAGGCCUCAGUGGCGUCCCAUCUCCGACACAGCGCCAUGCUGACCAGGAAACAUGAAGCCACAAACGUCCUCCUCACAUCACAGCUGGACGAUGAGAUCCCCAAUAGUGCAGAGUGGACGGAGGCCUGGAGGAUUCCUAAAGGAUUCAUUGAACCAGAGGAGGACGAACUGGGUGAGACGCAGGAGGAAGAAGAAAUUGAGGCGAUGAUAGACAACACAAAGGGGGAGGAGAAGGAGGAUGAAGAGGGAGUGGAAAAGGAGGAAGAUGUAGAGGUGGAUGAUGAUGAGGAGGAGGAGGAUGAAGGAGUAGAUGAAGAGGAGGAGAAGGAUGAUGUUGAGGAAAAUGAGGACGAAGUAAACAAGGAGGAAAGGGAAAUAGAAGUACUCAAGGAAACAGUAAAUAACAAGAAGAAUAAUGAAGAAGAUAAGGAGGAGGAUGAAGGAGUAGAUGAGCAGGAGGAAGAUGAAGAAGUUGAAAAUGAGGAGAAGGACGAAGAAAAACAGGAGGAGGAGCAGAACAGAGCAGUAAACAAGAGGGAGGAGGAGGGCAAAGAUGAAGAUGAACAGGAGGAAAGCGAGGGAAAAGAUGAAGAGGAGGAAGAUGAAGAAUUUUAUGAUAGCAAGGCAGAGGAGGAGGAGAAGCAGGAGAAAGAAGAAAAGGAGAAGAAUGUUGAUGAUGAAAUGCAUAUAGAGGAGGAUGUAGAUGAGGAUGAGGAGGAUGAGGAGGAAGAAACUAAGGAUGGGGACAAUGAAGUAUACAAGGAGGAGAACAACAAGAGCACAGACCAAAAUGGUGGAGAAAAUGAAGAGGAGGACAAAGAGUCAGAUGAGGAGGAAAAAGAAAAGGAGGAUGAGGAAGAAGAAGUAGAUGAUGAGGAGGAAAAAGACAUAGAAGAGUCAGACAAAGAAGAGAAAGAAGUAGAUAAGGACAAGAAAGACAAGGACGAAGAACUAGAUGAGAAGGACAAAGACAGUGAGGUGAAGAAUGAGGAAGUAGAUGAGGAAGCAGAUGAGGAGGAAGAUAGUUUUGAUACAGCGGAGGAAGAGGAAGAAGAAGAAGAAGAGGAUGAAGAGGACAAAAAAGUAGACGAUAAGGAGGAUGAAGAAGUAGAUGAGGAGGAGGAUGAAAAUGAGGAGGAGGAUGAAGACGAGGAGAAGGAUGAAGAGGACAAAAGAGUAGACAGCGAGGUAAAAGAUGAGUUCCACAAACUGCACGCCUCCUUCUCCUCCUGGAAGGAGUCAUGGAUGGUGGCGAUAGCUCACAGAGUAGGAUAUGAAGAGGAGGAGGAGGACGAAGACAGUGAGGUGGAGAUGGAGGAGUGGCUGGCUUGGAAAGAGUCAUGGAGGAUUUGUCGCUUUAAGAAGCUGGAUGACGACGAGGUAGUGUGUUUCUCCACCGAGCACCGGAGUCAGAGAUACAUGGGACUGAUGCAUGAAGAAGACGACAGACGGAAACAGAGAGCCGUCGGGAGUGGGCGGGGCUUCCGGAACCGCUGUAUGAGACACACCUGA